ACCGCCCCCCGGCCCCGAUCCCAUAUUAACGGGUGCGGCGGCCCCGCGGCGGGCGGUGGUACCGGGGGCUGCAAGAUGCCGCGCUCCUUCCUGGUGAAGAAGCACUUCUCGGCCAGCAAGAAGCCCAACUACAGCGAGCUGGAGAGCCAGACCGUGCUGGCUGCCCCACUGCUGUACGAGACGUGCCCGCUGUCCGUCAUCCCCCCGCCCGAGGUGCUCGGCCCCGGUGCCUACUACCCGCCGCUGGUGUGGGACGCGGGGCUGCUCUCCAGCCUCUUCCCGGCCGGCCCGGGCACCGAGGCGGAGGCAGCGGGCGGUGCGGCGCCGGCCCUGGACCUGACGGCGCUCUCCAGCGAGGAUGACGAGGGCAAGAGCUCGGGGCCGCCCAGCCCAGCCUCGGCCCCCGCUGCCGCCGAGCGGUUCCGCUGCGCCCAGUGCGCCAAGGCCUACUCCACCUUUGCCGGGCUCUCCAAGCACAAACAAUUGCACUGCGACGCCCAGACCAGGAAAUCCUUCAGCUGCAAGUACUGCGAGAAGGAGUACGUGAGCCUGGGGGCUCUCAAGAUGCACAUCCGGAGCCACACGCUGCCCUGCGUCUGCAAGAUGUGCGGCAAGGCCUUCUCCCGGCCCUGGCUGCUGCAGGGCCACAUCCGGACGCACACCGGUGAAAAGCCCUUUUCCUGUACACACUGCAACCGGGCCUUCGCUGACCGCUCUAAUCUGCGCGCCCACCUGCAGACCCAUUCAGAUGUAAAGAAGUACCAGUGCAAAACCUGCUCCCGGACUUUCUCCCGUAUGUCACUGCUGCACAAGCACGAGGAGACGGGCUGCUCUGGGACGCGCUGAGGACCCGGCGCCCCGCUCACACACAACUCGUAUAUUGUAACUAGUGUCUGUAGGAGUUAGUUGCCUCCUGUCGCCAUUGCCCGCCGCCUCGGGCUGCGCGCAGCCCCGCCGGGCCCUAAGGGACUCGCACUCCUCCGUUGGUGCCUCCUGUGCAAUCCCAAGGCCUGAUCCUUCUCCCACCUUGCACGUCCGAGGGCACGGGACCGGACUCGUGCUUGGGUGGCAAACGAGAGCCCGAAGCCGUGCGCGGCCGCAGCCCCGGCGGGGGCGAUGCCGGACCCUGCGCGGGGUGCCCGGAGCUGCAGGCGCUCAGCACCGCGCAGGGCCAGCCCCGAGCCCUGGCCGUGCCACCGGUGUGGAGCAUUGCGACUGGGAAGCCUUGGGGGUUGGGUUGGUUUUGUUUUGUGUUUUUGUUUUGUUUUGUUUUGUUUUUUUUACCAUAACCACUCGGUAACUUUUAAGACCCAGUAUUUCUGUAACGAAGGACAAGGAGCGUUAACGCAGCCCCCCCCCGCCCCGAUUGUAUAUAUGCCGCCUGUAGAAGGUGUAACUAUGCAAUAAUACAGUAUCACAUUAGUUGUGAAGCAGCUGCUUCUCCCCAGCACAAUGACAAUUUGCAAUGCCUACAAGAUUAACGGUGUCCAUAAAAGGCAUUGGUAGCCAUUUCAAACAAGAAUCCUGUUUACAGAGCAGCUAUGCACUCAAGCACCUGUUAAUAUGACUCUUAACAACUGCUUUUCAAGAGAACUGUGACUAAUAGCAGGCACUUGUCAGCUGAUACAAUGGUGGCCUGUCCAAAGGCUGCCCAUCGACAGGUGUGUGCCAAAAGUGCUAUUUAUGGUUAUUGACAGGUGCCUCCUGAAUGCAUCUUUCUUUGGACCUUGUUUUCACCGAAUCAUAACAAAGAAGAUGUUUACAUUUCAAAGGUACACUGGUAUUUAUAUUUUUGUGCCACGAUUUUGUACUGAUGAAACUUUUUAUAUAAUUAUAUACAGUUUAUUGAUAUUCAAUAAAACGGUUAAUUUAUAA